ACCCAUCGACACAAACCAAGCUUCCUUUCUAUAAGCAAUCAUGGCUACCUUUAAGUCCUCUGUUUUGCUCUUACUCCUCACUCUCUUCCUUUCCUCUGCUUUCCUCUCUCUGGGUUUUCACCUUCGUAGCCCGAGGAAUGAGCUUUCAGAGUCGCUUACUGAGAGUAACCCCGAGAGUCCAUUGGGGGAGCGCGAGUAUUGCCAGCGGCGAUGCCAAAAGGAACAAGAGCAUAGCCGGAGGCAGCUAUGCCAGCAGCAGUGUGAGAAAAGUAUAAAGGAGCGAGAACAACGGGAGGGGGAGAGACGCCACGACAAGUCUCGAGGUCUCUGCCAAGAAGAAAGCGGUGAAUCAGAACAAGAGCAACAGAGCAACAAUCCUUUCCUCUUCCGAUCACAAACGUUCCAAUGCCGAUUCAGCUCCGAACACGGCCGCUUGAUGCAUGUUCCAAGGUUCAACCUGAGAUCUCCACUUCUCAGCGGCAUUGGAGACUACCGAUUCUCCAUCCUAGAGGCAAAUCCCAACGCCUUUGUUUUCCCACAUCACUCCGAUUCUGAAGCUAUUUAUAUUGUUGCAGAUGGUCAGGGAACAAUCACCUUAGUGACCGAUAAAGGAAGGCAGUCCUUCUAUCUGAAAAUUGGAAACGCAGUUAGGGUUCCGGCGGGGACUACCGUGUAUCUUGUAAACGCAGAAAGAGGGAAGAAGUUAGUCAUCGCCGCUCUCAGAGAACCUGUCAAUGUUCCCGGCCAUACUCAGGAAUUCUUUUUUAGCGGAAAUGAACAACCUGAGGCUUAUUGGAAAUACUUCAGCACUAGAGUUCUCGAACCCUCCUUGAAUACCCAAAAAGAUGAGAUAAAGAAGUUGUGUAGUAGGCAGAAGGAGAAGGGAAUGAUGAGGAGUGCCUCACAAGAGCAACUUAGUGCACUGAGCGCAGAUGAUUCUUCUUCACCAAGGCAUAGCGAGUCUUCGUCUCUGAUUGAGCUACUGAACCAGGAGCCUUUGUACUCCAACGAAAACGGCCGCUGCUUUGAGGCUUCCCCUGCAAGAUUCAGGCUGCUCCGCAACAUGGGUGUCUCUCUUUUUGCUCUUCAAAUGAAUAAGAAUUCGAUCUUUGUUCCACACUACAAUUCCAGGCAAACUAUGGUUGUUCUAAUCAAAAAAGGAUCAGUAGAUAUCGAAAUAAUUAUCCCUCAGCUUCCAAGAAAGAGACAGGAAGAACAGAGUGAAGAACAAGAAGAAGAUGAUGAAGAAUACAAAGAAAAAGAACAAGAACAGAGAAGUGGACAGUACCAGAGGGUGACUGUCAAAGCAAAUGCCGGAGACGUCGUCGUUCUGCCUGCAGACUGUCCGGUGACCUGGAUUAACUCCGAGAGCAAGAACCUGAAGGCAAUCGGAUUCGGAAUCAACGCGGAGAACAACCGCAGAAUCUUCCUUGCGGGACGAAACAACGUCGUGAAAAACAUGGAAAGGGAGGCGCAGGAGCUGUCGUUUGGGGUUCCAGCAAAAUUGGUGCAGGAGGUGUUCAACAACCAGGAGGAAUCCUAUUUUGUGUCCUCCUCUCAACAGAAGCAGCAGGAGGAAGAUGAAGAUGAAGAUGAAGAUAAGAGGGAAAACCGCUUGUCUUCCAAUAUCCUGGAUAUUGCACGCUUGUUCUAAAUAAGAUAUGCGAAGGCGAAUAACGUAACGUUAUAAAGAAGAGUGUGGCGUUACCGUAUGAUGUAGUUUUGUACUGAGUAAGUAAGUACUCGGCUCUAUAAUUGAGCUUUGUAUGUAAAGAGAGAGCUGUAGCUUUCUACGUACGUAAUAUGAAUAAAAAAGAGAAAUCUUU